CCACCACCAUCAUCUCUCCCCUCAUCUUCAUCUUCUCUCUCUAUCUCACACAGAUCCUUUUCUCCAUCACCAUUACCUCUGGCUCCUUUUUCUUUAAACUCCACUCUAUGAAGAGAGGACGAGGCUCUUCCGCCGUCAUCAACGCUUCUCUCAAAGACACCCAACGUUUCAGAGGCGUUCGGAAGAGACCUUGGGGACGUUUCGCCGCCGAGAUCCGCGAUCCAUGGAAAAAAUCACGCGUUUGGUUAGGCACUUUCGACUCCGCCGAAGAAGCCGCUCGCGCCUACGACUCCGCCGCUCGCAACCUCCGUGGUCCCAAAGCCAAAACCAACUUCCCCAUCCUUCCUUCCUCUCCCAAUCUCCCCUUCCCUUCCACCAUUAACCAAUUCGAUCCCUUCAUGGACCACCGGUUAUUCCACGCUGAUACUAAUAAUACCCAUCCCGUUGUUAACCGCCCCACUUGUAGCAGCAUGAGCAGCACCGUCGAAUCCUUUAGCGGACCCAGACCUACCUCUACCAAACCCGUGACGACGCCGCCCGCCGCAAAGAGGUAUCCUAGAACACCGCCUGUUGUACCGGAGGAUUGUCACAGCGACUGCGAUUCCUCGUCCUCUGUUAUCGACGACGAUAUCGCUUCGAGGCGGAGGAAUCCGCCGUUUCAGUUCGAUCUUAAUUUCCCACCGUUGGAUGAUGUUGACUUCUUCAAUGGUUCUUCUGAUGAUCUUCACUGUACCGAUCUACGUCUCUAAUUCACUACUUUUGGUUUAUCAAAAAUCAAAAUACCACAGAUCCGUCUCAUCGAUUUGAUUUUCAUAUGGAAGAAGAAGGAAAAAAAAAAUCCGUUUCUAAAUUUUUUUUUUCUCGAAAAGGUUUUUUUUUUUAAUUUUUCUUUUAUUUCCUGUUUCGUUGAAGUCGAGAGAUAGAAAGACAAGACACACGAAGAAGAUGGUGAUGAGCUUGAGCUAGUGCUGGUUCUGUGUUCUACUUCUGUGUUGUUGAUGAUAUAUUAUUGUAACAGUAUUAUUAUUACUACUACUACUUAUUGAAAAUCUUCAAAUCAAGAAGAAGAAGAAGAAGCAGACGAACGAGAUGAUCUGGUUUUGUUUAUUUGUUUUACUGUAAGAGAAAAGAGCAGAUCUGUGUUUCGUUUAUUUUCUUGAGAAAGAUCAACAACAACAACAACAUCUUUGUAACAUAUACAUUUGCAACACUGAUGAUUCUAAAUAAAAUCUAGAAUCCUUUUUUUUUUUUUA